CGCAUGUGCGCGUAUCAGUAUCCAUAUCUCGUGUCAGCGAGAUAUAUAUAAGGAAAUUCAAUGAAACUAUCCGGCAAAUAUAAUAGUUUAUUAUUCGCAAACAUUUACAUUAAGAAAACAAAAUGGGACAAAGAGUCUCGAGAACAGACUUCGAAUGGACUUACACCGAAGAACCGCAUGCUAGUCGUCGUAAAAUAAUAUUAGAAAAAUAUCCACAAAUAAAAAAAUUGUUUGGCUACGAUCCUAGAUUUAAAUGGAUAGUAACCGGUAUGGUUUUAGUGCAAUUUUUAUCUUUAUUUAUUGUUAGAGAUUUAAGUUAUCCUAAACUUUUUCUAAUGGCAUAUUGUUUUGGAGGUAUAAUUAAUCAUUCCCUUAUGCUUGCCAUUCAUGAAAUAUCACAUAAUCUUGCCUUCGGACAUGCUCGACCUAUGGCCAAUAGAAUAUUUGGUCUGUUUGCUAAUUUGCCAAUAGGGAUACCAAUAUCAAUAAGUUUUAAGAAAUAUCACCUGGAACAUCAUCGUUAUCAGGGAGAUGAAAAACUUGAUACAGAUUUACCAACUUUAUUGGAAGCAAAAUUAUUUUCUACCACAUUUGGCAAAUUUUGUUGGAUAUGUUUGCAACCAUUUUUUUAUGCCUUUCGUCCUUUAAUAACUUAUCCAAAAGCACCAAUAAUGUUUGAGUAUAUUAACUUAAUAAUGCAAUUAAUAUUUGAUGCAAUGUUAUGGUAUUUUUUUGGUGGCAAAGUAUUAAUAUAUUUAAUCGGAGGAUCACUUAUGGCAAUGGGACUACAUCCUGUAGCAGGUCACUUUAUAUCAGAACAUUAUAUGUACAAAAAGGGAUUUGAAACUUAUAGUUACUAUGGACCUUUAAAUUUUAUAACAUUCAAUGUUGGCUAUCAUAACGAACAUCAUGACUUUCCUGCUGUACCUGGUUCACGAUUACCUGAAGUGAAACGUAUUGCAUCUGAAUUUUAUGAUGAUCUGCCUAAACACGAUUCUUGGACAUCAGUUUUAUAUGAUUUUGUGAUGGAUCCUGAAAUUGGCCCAUAUGCAAGAAUGAAACGAAAACAUAAAGGCUUAAAAUCAUGAAUUAAAAAUAUUAUACUUUUGCUAAUAAUUAGUAUUUACCAAUACUAUGUACAGAAAUUCUAUUAUCAUUAUUACAUUUAUUACAAUGCACAAGUAUGAUGAUUAUUUAAAUAUUAAAUUAACAAAAUCAAAUUUCAUGGUCAAAAUUACAAAAAUCGUAAAUAUAUUUUAACUAUUUGUUUUUAUUUUAAUUUACAUAAUAAAACGCGAAAAUAAUGUUACGAAACAAAAACAAAAAGCAGAACUUUCAAGAGUUAUUUAUAAUCAAUAUGACGGGUUUUGAUAAAAAUAGGUAUACGCAAUCAAUGUCAAUGAUAAAUCUAAUGUUAAGUAUAACAAUGAAGAAUAAAUAAUUUAGCUAAAUAAAUUAUAAUACAUUUCCAAGCCUUAUAAUAAUUUAAAUAUAAGAUUUGGAUGAAAUGAUUUAUAAAGUAAUAUUUCAAGAAAAUAAGAUCGUACAGAUAUAAAUCAUACGAUAAGAUGAUUUCCGACACAUAAUGAUAAUCCAAAUAAUAAUAAUUACUUCAUUAUACAUAUAUUAUAUAAAUUUUUUUAUGAAUUUCGGUAAUAUCAGAUAUAAUUAAAUGAAUACAUUAUUUUACACAAAUAUUUAGUUAUUUAGGAUCAGAAUUUUAAUACAACACAUAAGAACCAAUGAUAAUAAAUUCUAUUUUAUAUAAUUUACCAUUCUUUAACGUUAUUUAAUCUUCGGGAAAAACGAACCAGCCUGGUUCUGGCUAAACCCGGUGAAUACAAAGUGACUAAAACAGGCUAAGCAAAAAAUUUUAAUACUUUCAUCUUUAGGACGUAACACAUGGUCUCGUUAAAACAGGGAAAGAACAUUGUAAAAAUAAAAAAGAACGCGCACAUCCGCAAUAAUUCUAAAAAUAAAUUAAAAGAAAUGACAAAUUUGGUUAUAUAUUAAAAAUAGAUAGUUAUUAUCAGCUCUAAAUAUUGUUAAAUCCUCGAUUAAUCGUUGGUUUAUUAUAUAUUACAUAAAUUAUACAUUUUUCUAAGCAAUAUCAUUGAUAUAUAUUAUAAAAGUGAUAAAUAUAUAAGAAAUACUCGCUUAAAUAAUCAUCAACGUUUGAUAUAAUAAUUUGCGACAAUAAAUAAAUUUAUUUAUAUUUGUAAUUAUAUUUCAACGAAUAUUAAAUUUUCAAUCUAAUGAAAAAACAAUGCUAUGAAUUGUACAUUAAUAACUAAAAAGUAAUAUUUAAAUAGAUGUUUAAAAAAAAAGAAUAAAUACAUAAAAAUUGUA